GCACUUACGUAAAUAUAAAAAAAAAACGUGGAGACGACGCCAACGGUAACGUGAACAUAAAUAAGGAUGGUAAAGGCCUGAUUUAAAGUGCCAGCAGUAUAUUUGUUUCGGAUAUUCGUUAAGUGGCAAGACUGCGACAAUGUACACGUUUAUUAUUUUAGUUGGAUUUUGUUUUUGUUGCAUUUCGUAUGUUUGUAGUGUUCCUGUUGAAUCAAACAAGAAAAACUGUGAUAAAAAAGAUUUGUACGCCGUUUGUAACCUGGUUGCCAAUCCAAACCUACCUAGCAAGAUCAAUGGCACGCUGUAUUUUAUGCAACCAGUGACCGCCGACUGCCGAUACGAUUUUUUGAGUAUCCAAGUUAAUAUAGACAACAUUCCUAAUUACAAUCAUACCAAAAAGCAUGGUAUUCACGUACACGAGUAUGGUGACAUGACGGAUGGAUGUGAAUCAAUGGGAGGUCACUACAACCCUUUUGGGAACACACAUGGUUCUCCAUGGCACCCAUUUAACGCUCGACAUGUUGGUGACCUUGGAAACUUUGCCCGUAGAGGUAGGGGCAAAGAACGCUAUGGUAAAAUACAGAGAAGGCACGUUGACUACAUGGCGUCCCUAUACGGACCUACGUCCAUCAUUGGUCGAGGCAUAGUGCUUCAUAAAGAUGAAGAUGACCUCGGGUUAAAACCAAAAGACCCUGAGAGUCUCAAAACUGGGAACGCCGGUGCUCGCCUUGCAUGUUGUGUUAUUGGCACAAGCAAAACAAUAGACACAACAUACUUCAACUUAUAUCGCUGAAAAUGAGUGAACAAAAAGAUCAUAACAAAACAAAUUAAUACAUGCAAUGCGUGCACUAUGUGGUGUAAAAUUCAGUAACAAUAUUUUUUAUAGAUACACAGGCAACUCACCGCUAUGUGUGAAAGAACAAAAUAAACAUGUUAGUGUCAAAGGCCUGUAUAUUUUCGGAAUAAAUUAUUAACGGUUA